AUGCAAUUGAAGCCUCCUCUAGAGCCAAAUAACACCACAAUCAUGGCAGGUAAUAGACACAAAAAGUCUUCUUCCAGUUUCUUCUCUAUUUUCAACGUCUUCUCAUCCAGGAAGCCCAGAGGAGGGUACCAUGAUGCCCCUGAUUCCAGCCGCAGAGUGUGGCCAAGUGAUUAUGAUAAAGGAAACUGGGGUGUUGCUGAGCCAAAUAUUGAUAUGAAAGCUGAAGCUUUCAUUGCCAAGUACAAGAAACGUGUUUCAGAAUCUGCACUCUAUCAACUUGAUCCUGCAGCAGCAGCAGCUGAAAAUGCAUAA